GAAAACAACCAACUUUAUUUUCAUUCGAAUCCCAAAUGGUUGUUUCUAACAGAAUAGUUCUUUAAAGUAUUCUUAUAAAGAGUGAGAGAAAUUUAUUUACCCUCAAAGUGUUCAAAGUUUCUUUUUUUCAAUACAAACAUCAGGUGGGAUUAUGCCAUUUACAAAUCGUUUCUACACAGAGUAGAAAUCGAGAGAAAUGGAAAGUGUGGCGAAGGGGAAAGUUUGUGUAACUGGAGGUACUGGAUUCGUAGCUUCAUGGCUAAUCAAGAGGCUUCUUGAAAAUGGCUACUCUGUCACUACCACUGUUAGAGCCGACCCAGAGAAGAGAAAAGAUUACAGCUUCUUGACAAAUCUACCCGGAGCAUCAGAAAAGCUGCAAAUAUACCAGGCUGAUCUUCACGACCCGAACAGCUUUGCUCCUGCCAUUGCAGGUUGCAUUGGAGUCUUUCAUCUUGCUACCCCAAUUGACGUGGAUGACAAAGAACCUUUGGAAUCAGUGACGAGACGAACGAUUGAAGGAACAUUGGGCAUCCUUAAACUUUCUGUAGAUUCGAAAACAGUAAGGCGAGUUGUAUACACUUCCAGUGCAGCCACCAUGCAGUUUAAUCACCACAAAGUAGACUUCUUGGAUGAAAGCUGUUGGAGUGACAUUGAUUACAUCAACAGUAUUGCACCGUUGGGAAGAUCAUACCCGAUUUCCAAGACUUUAACCGAGAAAGCAGUUCUUGAGUUCUCUCAGCAAUAUGGAUUAGAAGUUGUUACUGUCCUUCCAACGUAUGUCGUUGGUCCCUUCAUUUGUCCUAAAAUUCCCGGCUCUGUUCAUGUGAUACUGUCUCUGAUAUUAGGUAAUGAAACAGAGUACGGAUUGAUCUUAAAAUCAAACAUGGUGCAUGUGGAUGAUGUGGCAAGAGCACACAUUUAUCUAUUUGAAAAUCCAAAUGCAAGUGGGAGAUAUGUUUGUUCUUCUCACAUAAUCACAUUGGAAGAAUUGGCUAACUUCUUCUCUGCCAAGUACCCAGAGUUUCAGAUACCAUCUCCCGAGUCUUUGAAAGAUGUCAAAGGCUACAUAUUCACUGAUGUCUCAUCAAAGAAGCUUUUGGAUGCUGGUUUCCAAUACAAGUAUGGUGUUGAAGAAAUGCUUGAUGGAGCAAUCCAAAGCUGCAAAGAGAAGGGUUAUCUCUAGCUCAUGUUUUUGCAAUAAUAUAUAUGAAACAAAGGAGAAGUAAACAUGGAAAUGAUGUUAAUCAAAGUUCUUGAUUGCAAAGUUUGAUGGUUAAUUUCUCUAGGCGCUUUGGAUGAUACGAAAUCUGUAUGUUUACAAUUGGCUUUGAAGUAGUACCUAUUUCUGUUUAGCAUAGUCUGUUUUCUUCUGAAACAUAUGUACUUUUAUUAGUGAUGGGGUACUUCUGAAGCAUGGAACUGUUGUGUACUUUGAAUUUAUUUUAUACUGAUCCUCAGUCUUUGAAAGCCAUA